AGCUAGCUGUGUGAGGUGAGAGUCUUUAUCCGUUAGCCGUUAGCUAGCUGUGUGAGGUGAGAGUCUUUAUCCUUUAGCUAGCUGUGUGAGGUGAGAGUCGUUAGCCGUUAGCUAGCUGUGUGAGGUCAGAGUCGUUAGCCGUUAGCUAGCUGUGUGAGGUGAGAGUCUUUAUCCUUUAGCUAGCUGUGUGAGGUGAGUCUUUAGCCGUUAGCUAGCUGUGUGAGGUGAGAGUCUUUAUCCUUUAGCUAGCUGUGUGAGGUGAGAGUCGUUAGCCGUUAGCUAGCUGUGUGAGGUGAGAGUCUUUAUCCUUUAGCUAGCUGUGUGAGGUGAGAGUCGUUAGCCGUUAGCUAGCUGUGUGAGGUGAGAGUCUUUAUCCUUUAGCUAGCUGUGUGAGGUGAGAAUCGUUAGCCGUUAGCUAGCUGUGUGAGGUGAGAGUCUUUAUCCUUUAGCUAGCUGUGUGAGGUGAGAGUCGUUAGCCGUUAGCUAGCUGUGUGAGGUGAGAGUCUUUAUCCUUUAGCUAGCUGUGUGAGGUGAGAGUCGUUAGCCGUUAGCUAGCUGUGUGAGGUGAGAGUCUUUAUCCUUUAGCUAGCUGUGUGAGGUGAGAGUCGUUAGCCAUUAGCUAGCUGUGUGAGGUGAGAGUCGUUAGCCGUUAGCUAGCUGUGUGAGGUGAGAGUCUUUAUCCUUUAGCUAGCUGUGUGAGGUGAGAGUCGUUAGCCGUUAGCUAGCUGUGUGAGGUGAGAGUCGUUAGCCGUUAGCUAGCUGUGUGAGGAAGGUAAAAUGGCGACUGUAGACGUGGUGUAUGAGAAGAUUCACCACAGACACGAUCCGCGGUGGUGCGCGUGCGUGGGAACAGGACAUGAAGUCAGAGCGGGCGCAAGCCUCAGGGUGUGUGUCGCGUGCGUCAUCGAGCUAAUGGACAGCCAGGACGUGUCGGUUGUGCGUAAGUCAGUGGCUCUGACUGGUGUAGGAGAGCUGCUGAAGACUGAAGGAGUGAUGAGGGAAAUCCUGCAGCAGGAUGACCGAGUGUGUGUGCAUUUCACCUCCUCAUUACUCAAGCUGCUGCAGUGUGUGGAAGAUCCCUCUGUUCUGGAUAAAGUCAUGCAGGGUGAGAGGAGAAAUAACGUAGUGCUGGUUCAGCUGCUGUUGGAUCUGAAGACAGAGCAGUUAGUGCAACAUGUGAUGGAUCAGCUGCAAACACAGCUGUGUGAGGUGAAGUGGUUCCUGGUAUGUGUAACGUUUCUGGGUAAAUUGCUGGAUGCUGUUCCUGCAGUAGCCCACAUGCUGUCCACCUCACACUUGUGUGUGUUGGAGAGUAUGUGUGUGUGGAUGGUGAGUGCAGAUGAGGAGCUGAAGGCGGAGGUGUGUUACGUGUUCCGUGGUGUGUGGGAGUCGGAGGCGGCGCUUCGUUCUUUCCCGCAUGCACUCAGGGAAAGAGUGUGUGUGUUACUGCUACACACACUCACACACGCCUGCUCACACCAACUCAUCAUCAACUGCCUCGGGCUGCUGUUACUGAUGCUGCGCUCAGGAGAGACGGUGUGUUUUCUGAUGAAUCAGGGAGAAGAGACACAGCAUCCAGAGCUCCAGCACUGUUCACUACCUCUCAUAUUAAAGAGGUUGUUGUUGAGUAGUGAUGAGUCUGUGCAGGUGUGCAGUGUGCAGUGUGUGUGUGCUGUACUGAAUCACUCCACUCAGUACUGCACCUCCUUCAUACACAACGACAUACCAGAGUUCCUGUUUGAGCGUUUGAGCUGCAGUAAUGACGUGCUCCUGUGGUGUGUGUACAGCUGUGUGUUGCUGCUGUGUGAAGACCCGGUGUUUUUCUCUCAGUGCCACUCUGUGUACGGUGUUGAGUCAGUGGUGCGCAGUUUGAAGGCGUCACUGAAGAUGUCUAACCUUGAAGUACCGAAACGAGGACUACAGCUGCUUACAGCUAUACUGGAGAAGCAGCCGGCAGGUGUGCGUCUGUUCCCGAUUGGUCCAGCGUUUGUGGGUGUGGCUGAAGUGGUGAUAGGGGGCGUGGCUUCCCCCUGUCUCAGAGUAGCAACCCAGGCAGCACGAGCAGCUUCUGCACUGAUGAAGAUGCAUCACCAGUCCACUCCAGUGCGUUAUGGAGAGUUAAAAAAGAUUGUGGAGGCUUUGUCAUUCAAAUUCACAGAGUUACCCUCACGGCCCAUCUCACAACGCAGAAGGUGUUUUGCAGAUUCUGAGUCCAGUUCUCAGUCCACCAAAGCAGGAGCAUUUUUAAUGCAGGCACUGGUCUGCUUUCAUGAAGCCUGCAGGUCAGUAACACACACACACACACACACACACACACACACAGCAUAGAAUGAUA